AUGCCUACAAUAAGACUCUUUGGCAAAGACAUCGAAGCGGAGGAGGAGCAGAAGAGCAUAAAGCUAUUCGGACAACGGAUUUUCCUGCAUGCAACAUUGAACAAUAAUAAUAAUCAACAGCAUUACAAUAGAUGCAUAUAUUUGCCUCCACCAAAUAUGUUUGAGGCUAUUCAAUUUGUUCGAGGGAGUCGACUGGUUUACAUAGGCAGGAAGAAGGCAGAGAACUCAGACAUCAACCGAAACUUGGCCAGAUUCUUUAUUCCUGCUACAUACACCAUGAAAAUACUCAACGACUUGACCGAGUCAGAGAGAAAAAAGAUAGAGAACGAAGAUAAUGAGAAAGGCCUUAAAGUGAGUAUAAUGGAUCCAUUGGGUAACUUUCAUGACAUGAACUUUACCAGAUGGAAGAGCUUGGAUAGACUUGUGUUUAACAGAGGAUGGAACAAGCUUGUGGCAGCUAACGAGCUUCUAACGGGGGAUACAGUUGACCUGUGGCACUUCAGAACAGGUUCUCAACUUUGUUUUGCUAUAAAUAUCAUUAAGAACUAA